CAUCUACUACCGUCGCGCCCGCGACACCCGGCGUUGCGCAGGCAUCAACGGCAAUUGUAGAAGCAGCAGCAGCGGUGGCAGCGGUACUGCCAGAUUCAGCCGAGACAGAGUAUGCUGAUCCAGCGUUGUUUUACGGCCAGGAGGAUCAGCAGUACCAGGGUCCACAGGUUUCGUCUGUUGCAGCAAUCCACAGCUAUGCGUUUUCAGACGCGCAACCGGUCCAACAGUAUAAUGCGCAUGGGUUUGCUGAAGACACUACAUCUAAUGCUGAGGCUGUAACUGAUGCGACACUUGGGACUAGUGUCCAUUUGCAGCACCCGGCAGAAGUUGCAGCUUACACAGAUGAUAGCGCGUCGGGAAACUAUGGCCUGUAUGGGGGAUCCUACUCUGCUGGCGAUGUGCAUACAGGCACUACUGCCACUGUGCCCGUGGAUUCCGGCGAAAACGACACUGCCACAUCGAUGUAUGGAUAUGGCUACAAUGGGAUCUUGGCCGGUGAGCAACAGCAGCAUCAGGAUAGUUACUGGCAGCAAGAGUAUUCCCAGCAAGAGUAUCCACAGCAGGAGUAUCCGCAGCAAGAUCGGCAGCAACCGGAGCAGCAGGAGUAUCCACAGCAGGAGUAUCCGCAACAGGAAUAUCCACAGCAAGAUCAGCAGGAACAGCAGCAGCAAGAGUAUUCACAGCAGGAGUAUCCGCAGCAACAGCAGCAGCAAGAUUACUAUCAGCAACAGCAAGAGUACCCCGCUAACUCAUAUUCUCAUUAUGCUCCUGUGGUUGGCGCUGGUCACCAUGAGCAGCAACUGCUUUGCCCGGCGUAUACAAUACGGCUUCAGUAGCAGUGCCGGAAUGACAUCGGCGCCGAUGAGCGACAUUGCUCAGAGCUCUUACCGCGCCGCGAGCAGCAUGUCAGGUGCUAUGAUUCCACCACCAGCGACAGCAGCGGCCUUUGAUCUUCCCAGCCAAAGCGAGCGCACCAGCACAGACAUGGCCUACUACGAGCGCGAUUCUAGCAGCAUGAGCCACGGACAGCAGCAGCAGCUACAGCAGGACGUUGGUAUCCAUGAUCCUCUUGGCCGCCUUAGCGCAUGUCGCCCUAUUAUUUCAUUUGGCUUUGGCGGCAAGCUUGUCACCAUGCUUCCUCGGAACGUGCAGCGCUUUAAUAUCUACGACAGCGGCAAGGCGUCAAAGAUUGCACCAGGCAUGCUUCAGAUCCAGCAGCUGUCGGCACAAAUUUCUCCAGAUCUGUGUGGCCAAGGGACGCUGUCUCUGGCUAACGUGCCGCUUCUUGCGGGUGAAACCACCCGGGCGGCGCUUCUCAGACGUCGGGAUGCAGCAGUUGCAUGCGCGAACGCAUGGCUCGAGUCAUCAAGAUUGUCGCCAAGCAAUACACUGACGCAAGAGGAGGAGGCGCUGUACAGAGUCAUCAUUGCUAUUCUGGGCACGUUUGACCAGGCGGAUGUCCCACAGCAGCCUGUGAUUCUGGGCGUGUUGGAUGCGCUGCGCCCACUUUUCGGAAAGUCUGGCUGUGGAGCGACCAAGAAUAGUGAUUUUGCAGAACCAUCGCUGCCCAUUUCUCACGGCAGCAAGCAGCAGCUGGAGAACCUUGAAAGCCUUCUGCUCGCGGGAAAUCGUAAGGAGGCGGUUGAUACGGCGUGCAGCCAGGGGCUUUGGGCACACGCACUGAUUAUUGCCAGCUGCACAGGGAAGGACCUAUGGCAGUCUGUUAUUUCGGCCUACACCGAAUGCGUGCUGGGUGGAGAGCUGUCGACCCUGGGCACCCAGUACCGCAUGUUUUCGGGGCUUGGCGCUGGAGCUCUUGAUGAGCCGCGGUCAUUUGACAAACGCAAUCAGAGCGCUCCUAGUGACGAGUUUGUGGCAGCCGCAGCUAUUGGCGGCGGCGGCAGCAGCAGUAUUUCCUACUCGAGCAAGGCGGAGCAGCAGCAGCAGCAACACGCAUCGGCCAAUGGCGAUCUCACGCAGACCAGCGUCAGCUCUGAGGACAAGACGAGUGAUAACUGGGCCAAGGUGCUUUCGCUUAUGCUGGCCAACAGGACCCCGGGAGACCAGGCCGCUAUAUUGGCGUUGGGAGACCGACUGAAGAAGAAUGGCCGGACCGUUGAGGCACAUAUCUGCUACGUGCUCACUCAGCAGGGUAAAGACAUUUUCAUGGCGGAGGGCGCGGACGCUGAGCCGAGGGCCAUUAUUUUGGGUGUUGCCGAAACCACACGUACCCACGGCAACAGAAACCAUGCAUUUGACAUGGCUGUGACGCGCUACUCUCGCUAUUAUCGCAAGCACUCGGCGAUGUUCGUCACCGAGCUGUAUGAGCUUGUGUUUGCGCUCAGGGCCGUGUCGGCAGGGGACUCUCAGUCAGCUGGCAGCACAGCGGCGAGCUCGGCCAGCACCGCGGCUGCCACGGGUUUGGCUAGCGGGAACGGGCCCAAGCAGCCAACAUUGCUUUGCCUUCCUCACCUGCAGGCCUACAAGCUGUACUACGCUUGGUGGCUGGUUGACUGUGGGCAGACAGCGCUGCGUCGCGCUACUGCGACGCAGUGCUCAAUAUCUUGGCUACGCUGCCCCAAGGCACAGCGGUUCCGUUUAUCAACAGUUCUCUGGUUCAGGAGCUGCGUAACCUGCGCGAGCGACUCUCGGGUGCAGGCAUGACGUCGACCAAGGCUGCCGAGAUUGUUGGUGACGACGCGGUGCUUGCGGCACCAGCUCAAAGUCGUGGCUUUCCCGGGCAAUGCCUCGCCCGUCGUUCACAUCGCUAAUGACCGUGUUUGACUCUCCAUCGAAAGGUUUAUCACUG